AUUCCUAGCUCCCCACAUAUUCUAAUCUCUAUGUCAACUCCACGUGAAUUGUGGUGGAAAUAUUUUAUCUCAAUACUUUAAUACCAACUGUAUAGAGAUCUAUAAAUGGUCUUCCCAUUUCCCAAGCUUGAAACACCAACAUUAAUUAAUUACUGAUAAUCAACCUCAAAUAAGAUUUGAUUUUUUCUCUAUGGCAGCUUUGUACAUCAAUGCGGCCACCUUAAUAACCAUAUGCAUCUUCAUCAUAUCCCCUGUUCUAAUCCUCCUAAUAUCCGCGACCCGUCUGUCGAAAACCAAACCCAAAUCCAAAAACGGGUCGCCCCUAAACCUUCCUCCCGGGAGCCUCGGCUGGCCGGUUCUCGGCGAGACGUUGGAGUACCUCGGCACGAACUACAAAGGAUUGCCCGGGAAGUUCGUCACGGACAGGAUUCGAAACUACAAGAGUCGGGUUUUCAAGACUUCGUUGUUGGGGGAACGCAUGGUCGUGCUGUGGGGCCCGGCCGGGAACAAGUUUUUGUUCGGAAACGAGAAUAAGAAGGUGGCCGUGUGGUGGCCGACUUCCGUUAGGAACUUGCUCGGGACGUGCUUGGCGACGACCGGAGGUGCGGAGGGACUGCGCAUGAGAAGGCGGCUUGCGCACUUUUUAAGUCCCGAUGCAUUCUCGAAACUUUAUCUCAGAACCGUCGAUCUCGCGUCUCGACAGCACUUAGACUUCCACUGGCGAGGCAAAGAUGAGCUAAAGGUGUUCCCAACAAUCAAACUGUAUUUAUUCGAGGUGGCGUGUCAAUUGUUCAUGAGCGUAGACGAUUCAUCACUGACAAAGAAGCUCUUUUCCCACUUCAAUAUUUUCCUCUCCGGAAUCCUAUCAAUCCCUCUCGAUUUCCCGGGAACAAAAUACUACCGCGGAAAGAGAGCUGCCGAUGCAAUUCGAAAGGAGCUCCGAAUAAUACUCGAGCAUAGGAAGAAGGCCUUGGAACGAAAAACGACUUCACCUCCACAAGACCUUUUGUCUCAUUUGCUCCAAACGCCUGAUGACAAUGGGGAGUUUAUGUCCGAAAAAGUUAUAGUAAACAAUGUCCUACUUUUAUUAUGGGCCGGGCACGACACCUCGGCUUGCACGAUAACUUUGCUGAUGAAGGCUCUAGCCGAACAUCCCGAGGUUUAUGAGAUGGUAUUGAGAGAGCAAAAUGAAAUAGCAUCGUCAAAGAAGUCGGGAGAAUGUUUGCAAUGGGAGGAUAUACAGAGGAUGAGAUAUUCGUGGAAUGUUGUGUGCGAAACUCUGAGGAUGUGGCCGCCUGUGAUUGGUGCCUAUAGAGAGGCUUUGGAGAACAUAAGCUAUGAAGGUUAUGACAUACCCAAGGGAUGGAAGUUCUACUGGAAUAUGCAAUCGAUCCAUGAGGACCCUAGCUUAUUUCCGGACGAGACAAAAUUUGAUCCAUCAAGAUUCGAUGGUUCGGGUCCCGUACCAUAUUCUUUUGUUGCUUUUGGAGGAGGACCUCGAAUGUGCGUGGGGAAAGAGUUUGCUCGGCUGGAGAUCCUCAUCUUUCUACACAAUCUCGUUCGAAGGUUCAAAUGGGAAUUAGUACUUCCGGAAGAGAAAAUCUGUGCCGACCCCUUCAUGACGCCCGAGAAAGGACUUCCAAUUCGUCUCCACCCGCAUGCCCACAGAACAGUUCGCAGCAGGAUCUUUUUCAGUCGUCCUGCCGCGGGAAGGGGGAGAGCAAUUAUCAUAGCGCUUACCACUCCUGCAAGAGAGACCGAUUCCAUAGUUGUUAAGCGGUCAGGCUAUACGGCUUUCUGCCUGCCUAGGAAACAUUCUUUGGCACCCGCAACUCGAAGAAAUCCUGCUCUUGAUAACGAUCCUCCAUUAAAGAAGUGUUAG